AUGUCUUUGAGAUGGGCGUUUUUAUUUGAGUUUUGGCGCGUGGCAACGGGAGAUUGCUGGAACGAAAUACCCAGGACAUUUGAUGCGCCAGGAAACGUGAAACAUGACGUUUGGCUUGCGAGUUUGAUGGAGUGGAGAAAACAUCAUUUGAAGAACCACACUGGCGAAAUUUACCACGAAGGAUCACUGGUUUGGACACGCACUUCGUUCGUGCAACCGCAAGUCCAUGCAUACGACAGGUAUUUGUUUGACGGCGCUUGGACAGUGGAUCGCUACUUGGAUGACUUGAAGCAGCGGUAUGGGGGCAUUGAUUCGGUGCUAAUUUGGCCAACCUAUACCAAUAUCGGCAUCGACGAUAGGAAUCAGUUUGACUACUUUCGAGCUCUUCCUGGCGGAUUGUCUCGCCUUGCAGAGACCACUCGUGAAUUUCACCAACGCGGUGUCAGAGUCCUUUGGGGCUACAAUCCGUGGGACCAAGCGACACGACAAGAAGGAAACCAUUGGGACACUCUGGCAGGGCUAUUGAAAGCAACUGGAGGCGAUGGAUUCAAUGGUGAUACUAUGCUCACCAUACCUGAGGAGUUCUGGCGCUCCUCCCUGCGCGUUGGGCAUCCCAUUGCAGCAGAGCCAGAAGGAGGCGGCUACAGCUGCGCAGGGAAUUGGACAUCUGCAGGUUGGACGCCGCUGGGGUGGGGUUACUUUGGCCACAAAGUGGACAAAAUGACUUACAGCUACGACUUUGCCCCAGGUGUUGACAAGGUCAAAUGGCUGGAUCCGAAGGGCAGACACCUGACUCAUGUUUGCGACCGUUGGUCCAAAAACCGCACAAGCGCCAUACAACUGGCCUUUUUCAACGGUGAUGGCUACGAAUCCUGGGAAAACAUCUGGGGCCUUUUCAAUCAACUCACUGCACGAGAUUCUGAGUUGCUGCGCCGUGCUGCCACGAUACUCCGCUGGGCCGGCCGGCAGAAUUUCACUCACGACUUUGAGGAGUGGGUUCCCCAUGCCCCAGAGGCGACUGUCCCAGAACACGGCAUCUUCGGGUCGCGCUUUGAGAGCAGAGGUGACGCUCUUUGGCUCAUUGUCAACAAAGGUGGAGCUGAUGCCACGCUUUCAGUUGCCAUUGCGGAGGGUCGCAGUGAUUACAAAAUCCUGGACCUUUACACUGGAACACAGGUGGAGCCCUCUGAGUCUGGAGGCGGCAAAAGUGCACAGCUUCAGAUCGAAGCUGGUGGAGUGUCCGCUUUGCUAGUCACCAAGCAGAUUACACUUGACCUGAACAACCUCCUUCAAGAGAUGCGGACAAUGACGAGGCGCUCUCUGGCAAGCUUGUCUUCUACCUGGCAUGUUUUGCAUCAAAAGAUGGACGCCAUGCAUUCAUCCACACUCUUUGACUCCGCGAAGCCGCCAAAUGGCAUGAUAUUGCUACCAAGAGCUCGGUUCAACUUCUCUGUCAGUGGAACGGCCUUGGAGGGUGGCUGUGCUCCUGAGGAUGAUCCCAACGGUAUUUGUUGCCGGAGCAAGCUUUGCACUGUGGAUGGCUCGCCAGAUUGUCAAUGUGCCAUUGUGGGUGACGAAUAUUUUGGAGUGGAUGUGCAGUUUCCUUGGGAGAGCCAGCCACAGCGGAAUCAUGUGAAGAUCUUGGAUUUGGGACCUUUGUUGAUGGAUCAAGACCUGGUCACCAAUCAAGACUUCUUGAAGUACCUCAACGAAAGCAGUUAUCAACCUUCGGAUGGAUUCAACUUCUUGAAGCAUUGGAAAAACGGGCGCCCAAAGCCAGGCGAUGAGCUCAAGCCUGUGGUCAACCUGGGCCUGGAGGAAGCACGGGCAUUCUGCAACUUCUAUGGCAAGCGUUUGCCGCACAGCUAUGAGUGGCAAUAUGCUGCUCAGGGUUCUGAUGGUCGCCUGUAUCCUUGGGGCCAUACGGAUGUGAUGGAUAGCACACCGGGGCCAGGCCACGAUGCAGUGAGGAUUGGUGAGCAUCCGAGAGGGAAUUCCCCUUUUGGCCUUCGUGACAUGGUGGGAAACGUGUGGCAAUAUACCGACUCCUUUCGUGACGAGCACACCAGAUCCGUAUUGCUGCGAGGAAGCAGCCGCUACCAGCCAAAGGUGUCUGAGAAGUUCCCCUCCAGAGCUCAAUCGUUGAAUUGGUAUUUUCCGCCAGCCAGGGAGCUGAACAAACAUUCCAAGUAUUUCUUGAUGAGCAACAGCUACGAACGAGCUGGCACCCUUGGCUUUCGUUGUGCUGCUGAUGUGCAUGGUGGUGCUGUGAGGCUUACUGAAACGUUUGCAGUUGCUGAUUCCAACUGCAGCUGUGAGGACGUCCCCAUUGCCAGAGCCCACUUCAGCAGACGCGUCGAGGCAAGGCAGCCAGGCAUCGGAGGCCGGGGUGAGUACUUCUCGGGAGCACUAGAAGGAGCCGAGCCUUACUGGGAGAUGCUCCGCCUCCGAACAGGCCUUAUCCUUUGCGGCAGCAAACGUCCGCUGUCGAGUUUUAUGCCGCGCUGGGCUCGCUUUGAGUUGUGCCGGCAGGGUUACUGGUGGCUGUUUUUGCUGGAAAGGAAUGAGAUGAGCCCUAUUGGGGACAUGGCGGUAGACGACGAGCCAGGUGACCGUGCUGCUUCGGUGGCUUCCGAGACAUGGGACGAGCAGAAGGUGCAACACAUUUCUGCUGGUCUCGACUUCUUGGGCUUUGUAGAGAACAAAAAACUGGUGCCAGCCGUGUCCUCCUUUCGACGGAUGCUGAAGAAGUCUGCUCGGACAGCUGCACGACACAAAGAGAAGGAGCAACAAGAUCAAACGAAGGGGCAAAAAAACGAGGCCUUGAUGUCAGGACUCGAGGUGGCACAGUCGCAGAGACAUCAACGACGCCAAAGCGUACGGGAGAGGAGCCGUGAAAGACAGCGGGGAUCGAUGGAGACUGUGGCAGAGCGCCUUGGAGAAGCUGUUCGCUCCAGGAGGAGCAUGGCGACCCUCGAGUCUCCCCUGGCUGUGGUGCCCGAAGAAGACGACGUCAAGUGCGAGGCCUGCGAUGCUUGCCAUGAAUGCGAGGCGGCAGAUCCUGAGGUUGAAACCUUUCCAAAGGUGGAGCCUCCCAGCCCCAGCACAGAGGCACAGAGCUGCCAGCUAUGUCGCCGUCUGUCACAGAAAAUGAUUCUGGUAGACAAUGGAAGGUUGAGAUCAUCAAGCAAUACAGUUUUGGUGUCUGCAAAUCAAGCCCUCAGUCGGACAUUCAGCUAUUUGUUUUGGUCCUGUUCUGUAGAUACCCUGGAAAGAACUGUGAUCAUCAGUGCUUGGAUCUUGCUGGGCCCCUCGGAAGCGCUUCUCUUUGCCGCUGCCGCGAAGGACACAGGGAGACAAUUUAUGGACAAGACAUGA